CAUCAGCUGCCAAUCAAAGCACGGGACUUGGACCAAGCAGCUUGCUGCGCGACCUCCGACCGCGCCCACCAAAUUUGUUGACAAGCAACCACCACAAGGUAUUCUAUUCACUCGUGCUCGACAACGAACAGGCAAGCAUUCUUGCACCUCAGCUCCCCAGAAGGCAGCUCCAGCGAGACGAGCUUUGCCCACAGCGAACCCCUGUCGAAACCUUGAAUAGCGAUAUUAAAUCCGACACAGUCGUCAUUCCUGGAUACGUACCUCUUAGCCUGUGCCUCAAGGGACGGUCAACCCCUUACGUAGCGAUACCUACCGACGAGACAAUGCGCUGAAGUUUCGGACGGCGACUGCACCGUGGAGCCACAUGCUGUUACAAUAAACCAUAAGCUACCGGUAUAUAUCGUUUUAGGGAUAGUUCUGAUCCCCUUCCAAAUCCCGCGCAUUCUCAACAACCAAGCUUUUGUCCAGAGGGGACCGACUUGGGUCCCCUAGACAAAUCACUAGCCAUGCCGCCUACUGGCGGAGGAAAUAUCAAGGUGGUGGUGAGAUGUCGACCUUUCAAUAGCAGAGAAAUCGAAAGAGGUGCAAAAUGUAUCGUGGAGAUGAAAGGGAACCAGACAGUGGUCACCGCACCUGAAGGGAAAGGCGUGAAAGAUGGAGGACCAAAAGCCUUUGCAUUUGAUCGUUCGUACUGGUCUUUCAAUAAGGACGACCCCAAUUACGCUGGCCAAUCGAACCUUUUCGACGAUCUGGGACAGCCCCUUCUCGACAAUGCAUUCCAAGGCUACAACAACUGUAUCUUCGCCUAUGGCCAAACCGGUUCAGGAAAGUCAUAUUCUAUGAUGGGCUAUGGGAAGGAAAUAGGGAUUGUUCCCUUGAUUUGCCAGGAUAUGUUCAGAAGGAUCGAUGAGCUGAAGAAGGAUAAAACAACGAAGUGCACAGUCGAAGUUUCUUAUCUCGAGAUCUACAACGAGCGUGUCCGAGAUUUACUCAACCCCUCAACCAAAGGCAACCUCAAAGUCCGAGAACAUCCCUCCACAGGUCCCUAUGUGGAGGAUCUCGCCAAGCUUGCAGUCAACGAAUUUCAAGAAAUUGAACAUCUCAUGGAUGAAGGAAACAAGGCCCGAACAGUUGCCGCAACCAACAUGAACCAAACAUCAAGUCGAAGUCACGCCGUCUUCACCCUGAUGUUGACACAGAAGAAAUACGAUGCUGACACAAAGAUGGAGAUGGAAAAGGUCGCCAAGAUCAGUCUGGUGGAUUUGGCAGGUUCUGAACGAGCGACAUCCACUGGAGCCACUGGUGCAAGGCUGAAAGAGGGUGCUGAGAUCAACCGAUCAUUGUCGACGUUGGGUCGCGUCAUUGCCGCUUUGGCCGACCUGUCAACCGGCGGCAAGAAGAAAAAAGGCACCGGUCAAGUUCCCUACCGAGACAGUGUCCUGACGUGGUUGUUGAAAGAUUCGCUAGGCGGUAACAGUAUGACGGCAAUGAUUGCAGCCGUCAGCCCGGCUGAUAUCAAUUUUGAUGAAACGCUCAGCACUCUCCGUUAUGCCGACUCCGCUAAGCGAAUCAAGAACCACGCUGUUGUCAACGAGGAUGCUAAUGCCCGUAUGAUCAGAGAAUUGAAGGAGGAGUUAUCGCUAUUGAGAAGCAAACUUGGGAAUGGCCCUGUUCCUGGUGGAGCUGCUGGAGGCGGACUCGUCACCGGAGAGACUUAUCCUGAAGGCACACCCCUAGAUCAGCAGAUGGUCAGCAUCACUGGCUCGGACGGUGUUCUGAAGAAGGUCUCGAAGGCAGAGAUCGCAGAGCAGUUGAGCCAGAGUGAAAAGCUGCUUACGGAUCUAAAUCAGACAUGGGAGGAGAAACUAUUAAAAACGGAGGAAAUCCACAAAGAACGUGAAGCAGCCCUCGAAGAACUCGGUGUCAGUAUUGAGAAAGGUUUUGUUGGCCUACAUACGCCGAAGAAGAUGCCGCAUUUGGUCAACUUGUCUGACGAUCCGCUUCUGGCUGAGUGCCUUGUCUAUAACCUCAAGCCGGGUACCACAACAGUCGGCAAUGUCGAUACCAACGCCGAUCAUCAAGCGAACAUCCGACUUAAUGGAUCCAGGAUAUUGCACGAUCAUUGCACUUUUGAAAAUGCUCCUGAUGGGACUGUGACUCUCACUCCCAGUGAAGGUGCUUCGGUCAUGAUCAACGGAAAGCGUAUAACCGAGCCAUCACAACUCCAUUCUGGUUAUCGUGUCAUUCUGGGCGAUUUCCAUAUUUUCCGAUUUAAUCACCCUAUGGAGGCGAGAGCAGAGCGGGCUGAGGUACCAGAGAGACCACAGAGCUUGCUUCGACACUCUAUCACAGCUAGUCAGCUCCAGGCGCUGGACCGAGGCUCACCCUCACCAAGUCCCCGACCCGGCCACGAAAGAUCAUUUAGUAGGGUCUCAGAAUUUGGCGACAUCUCUAGACCAGAGUCUCCAUCAAUAUUCCAGAGAAGUGGUAGGGAAUCGGACUGGUCGCUCGCAAGACGAGAAGCCGCUGGUGCAAUUCUUGGAUCUGAUCAAAACCUCACCAGUCUUACUGACGAGGAGCUCAAUGCUUUAUUCGAGGAUGUGCAGAGGGCAAGGGCGGAACGAGUGAAUGGUCGCGAGGAUGGGGACGAUUCGGAGUCUUCCUACCCGAUCAGGGAUAAGUACCUGUCGAACGGUACGAUGGAUAACUUCUCGUUGGAUACCGCUUUGACAAUGCCCUCAACCCCAAAACAAGGAGAGCCCGACGAUAGAUUGAAAGAGGUCCGCGAGGAGUUGCAAAACAGAUUGGAGAAACAGAAAGAAGAGUACCAGGACCAACUAAAGAGCGCUGAGGCUGCUAACGUCGAGAUCGAAGAAAUCAAACAGGAGAAGGUCAAGAUGGAGGCGGCGUUGAAGGAGUUAAAGGAAGACAUGCAGAAACAGCUAAACCAACAGCGGAAGCAAUUCGAAGAAAAGAUCGAAAAGAUGGAUCCCCUCAAGAUGCCAAAGAAGAGCCCGACCCUCUCAGAAGAAGAGAUUGAGAUGGCAAAGAAGACUGUCAAAACUUGGCGAGGCCGACAUUUUGUGAAGAUGGCCGAGGCGGUGUUGCAAAACGCAUCCAUUCUCAAAGAAGCCCAGGUCAUGAGCCACGAACUUGACGAGCACGUCGUUUUCCAAUUUGCGGCGGUUGACGUCGGCCAUGUUUUGUGCUCGUCCUAUGAUAUGGUGCUCAAUGGACUUACUGGUGAGGGCGAUGAUGUGGCACUGGAGGAAGCUCACAAGCCGUGCAUUGGCAUUCGUGUGGUUGACUACAAGCAUAGCGUGGUUCAUUUAUGGAGUUUGGAGAAACUACAUGACCGUGUAAGGCAGAUGCGGCAGAUGCACCAGUACCUUGACCAGCCGGAAUAUGCACAGCACCUCAGUCUCGACAACCCGUUUGUUGAGACAUGUAUGCCGUCAUAUACUCUUGUGGGCGAGGUUGAUGUGCCACUCAAGGCAGUUUUCGAGUGCCGGGUCCAAGAUUCCACUCUCGAUGUCUUAUCGCCUUACACAUCACAUGUUGUCGGCAUCAUCAAGCUCUCUCUUGAACCGUCACAUGCUCGUGCACCAACAAACACUCUCAAGUUCAAUGUUGUCAUGCACGAGCUCGUGGGGUUUGCUGAACGAGAAGGCACAGAAGUCCACGCACAACUCUUCAUCCCAGGCAUUUCUGAAGAGGAUGGCAUUACCACGACCCAAAUGAUCAAAGACUUUGAUGAGGGGCCAAUUCGCUUUGAGAGUGUUCAUAGCAUGAGCAUUCCUCUAUUUGCCCCUCAAGAUGUCACCUUGAGAGUCGCCAUCUUCGCCAAAGUCUCCACGAUGCAUUUGGAUAAGCUGCUCAGCUGGGAUGAUAUGCGAGAUGCUGUGCCUGUAAGAGAAGACAAAGCCAAAGCAUCUCGAAUCAAUGAAUCGCAGUUCUACACCCAGGAGAAGCACGACCUACUCUCCCGGAUCCAAAUCAUGGAAUUGAACGAGAAUGGCGAAUAUGGCGCUGUUGAAGUCACACAAACCAGCGAGCUUGACACGGGAACUUUUCAGCUUCAUCAGGGACUGCAGCGAAGAAUCGGCAUUAAUAUCUCUCAUAGUUCUGGCGAUGCUCUUCCAUGGAGUGGCGUCACUGCCGUUCGCGUUGGAAAGAUCAGACUUGUUGACUCGGCUGGGAAGACACCUGACAUGGGAGCCAAUGAACCUGAUAUCUCUCUGAAAUUGUCACAGAGCCCGAUCUUUCGCGAGAAUGCCAACGGUACUAAGAGCCUCACAAUCUACGCUCAGUGGGAUUCCAGCUUGCACAACUCACUGCUUCUUGAUCGAGUGACGCAGGAUAAGUAUCGAGUUCAAAUGACAAUCUCAUGGGAGAUCAGCUCUGAGAAGUUGGCUGAGCCGAUGAAGUUCUCGCAAAAGGUUUGCGUGCAGAUUCUAUCAAGAACUUUCGUGCGGCAGACCUCAAUGUUCUCGGCACUCUGGCAGAAUGUUCGCUUCGUGCGCUCCUCAACUGGCAUUUUCACUCUUGCCAUGCGUCCUGCUCCUGUCAAGAAAGUCGGUGACCUGUGGAGGCUCAAUAGCCAACAUGACUACGUCAAAGGCGAGGAAGACCUAACAAGCUGGACACCCCGAGGGGUGUCGCUGGUCAGCGAUUUUCUCAUGGCUCGUAAGAAGAAAAAACGCGCUGCGGAUAUGUCAGUCACGGAGUCUGUCUUGGCUAAACUUGGUUUGGAUGGAGCAGGUACCCUGCCUGAGAAAAAAGAACCCGAGCCUGAACCGUCUCCAGAGCUAAAGCCAAUCAUUCCAAGCGACGAUGACCUGCUUAAUGAUACACCGGAAACUUCACAGACUCCUUCUCUCGAUGAUGAGGAGCAGCCUCAACUCUUGAAAGAAGCACAGCAACCUGAGACGGAUCUCUCUAACCCAGAGCAGCCUGAAAUAACAGAAACCUACAUCGAUGAACAUGACAAGCCUGUCAAAGAAGAGUCAGAGAAGGAAUACACAGAAGAAACGUCAUCGGAGACACCAGAAGCUACGGAACUCGAGGAGGAAGAAACAAUUGCUGUGGAAGAGCCACUGCCCAAGCCCGAGUACGAUGAAGACCAGGCCUAUCUUUUGACAAAGUGCCUGAAGCUCUGGAAGAAAUAUCCCGAUCCAUCGAACAACAUCCUCAGCCCGACCAACAUGGCACCUCCAACAGACGGUCUGAUGACAGACGGUCCAACGCAGCCGACACUUAUCGCAACAGUUAUCCGAGUACCAAAGAACCCCAAAGUUCUGAAAGGCGGUUACCUGAUGAUUCCGAACAGCGACUCAACUAGGUGGGUCAAAAGAUUCGUCGAGCUGCGGCGACCGUACCUUCAUUUGCACUCUGCUACUGAUGGUGACGAGGUUGGGCUCAUCAGUUUGAGAAACUCUCGUAUAGACAGUCAGCCUGGGGUGUUGGGCCUGCUCCAGGGGCCCGAUGAUUCUGGGGUGCAAGGUCAAGAUGGGGGAACCGAUUUCACACCAGGACAUCGACGAACUGGGUCGGGCCGUGUUAUCUCUACUAUAUGGACCGGCAGUGGACCUGGCGCCUCAUCAGGAGGGCCAGGCCUUCAGCGACUACCAGAGCGGAUGCAGUCCGCAGUGUUUGCCAUUUAUGGAACAGACAACACUUGGCUAUUCGCAGCACGGAGCGAGCGUGACAAAAUGGACUGGAUCUUUCGAAUCGAUCAAACAUAUAUGUCAAGCAAUGACAGCGUCCCCGGAAGUGGGAUAGCCAGCCCCUACCCCGGGAGCGAUUUCUAGAGCGGGGUGAGCCUGCUUGUUAUGAGUGUAAUGACUUGCAACGUCCUCUUGGGGAAACGAUUUUCUUUGUAAUUAUUUGAUGGUGAAUUAGAUGAGAUGACUUAUACCCCCACAGGAGUAGGAGGGCAAUCAUGUAGAUUUGCUUAAAUUUUGGAUAUAUCUUGGAUAAAAGAAUCACUUGAGAACCACAGAAAAAAACAAGCGCAAUGGUCACGCCGAGCAUCCGGUUUUCUGUUGUAGAUACCUGUGCUGUUACCCCUAUCGGCCAUUGUGAGGUUAUGCUAAGCCAAAUACCGUGGAGCUUCUUCAAUGGUUCUGACGCAAGAGAGACCCAUGCUGUGAAUUAGAGGCUCUAGUUUGCCAUGCUAUGACACAAUCGACACGAGGACCAUCAGAGCUGAGGGCAGCUACCAUAGUUCACCUCCUAUAGAUUCAGAAAUAUGUUGGAUCUUUCCUUGCCAAA